UAUUUGAUGUAAUACCACAUGCGCUGACAGCCAAUGAAAUCCAAAGGAUUAUUCAGGCCUAAAGGGGAUUGAGUCAGAGCACAUACAAACUAGUCAGCAGAUCUGAAUGCAGGACACUCGUAUGACUAUUGGAUACUGGAUGAAAGGUGCUUUAUCUGGUGAGUACUAUUACCAUGAUGUUUAUGAGUAUUAACCGAUUGACCGAUGAUUAACUGUUCAAAUACACAAGUUUUUAUACUGAUUAUUUAGCAUUUGAAUAUGCACAAGUUAAAAUAGCACAAAGGACUGUUUUAUUAAUAUUUUUUUCUCAUUUCUAUGAAUAUGGUUUAACCAAGGACUAACCUUCAAAGCCAAGAUUGCGUAUUUGAUAUCUUUAAGGUUUCUUUGUGAAAACACUUGGAAGGAUCUUUAUGGACAAACAGGAUAAUGCUAAACUCAGAGGUCUUGUGGAAUAAAGCUUUAACAGACAACAAUGUCAAAGGCCUCAUUGGCUGCCUACGGGGCCUCUGUACUGAAGGUGAAGGGGAUAAGAGUGAAUGUUUGGCCAGUUUUAACUGCUGGCUUCAGAGUUCAGCAGAACUGGCCAAGAAGGAGCUGUUAAUGCUCUGUGUCAGUCGAUGUAAAGGCUUGUGGAUGUUUUUAGAUGAAAACUCUAUCGCUCUAGUCCAUAAACUGGUCCUCAAGUUGAAGAACCUACUUUCUCUGGUCCACCUGGCAAAGAAACAAAGGUCUAAACAAGGAAGCAGGGCUUCAUGUGUAUGGGGUUGUUGGAAACAAGAUUGUCAUGCCAUGAGGCAAUACAUCCUACUGGGCAGCCUGGUGCAGUGGUGGAGCAUCACAGGACUUCUGCCCAAGUACCCAGAAGCCCAUGAGUUGAAGAGGAUAUCUCAGAUGUGGCGUGAGAUGGACCAGAAACACAGGAGAACAUGUUUGGAGUUGAGCAGUUAUGCUGAGGAUAAGUACCGGUGGAGUUCUCUUAUUCAGGGUAUGGUGGCUCAUUUGAACAAACAACAUGGGCCUAUAUGGGUUUCAGAAGACUGUGCCUACCAAACAUACCCACCACCAUCUCUAAAAGCUUUACUAAAGCUAGUGCUGUUGCCUAAUAUUGACAUGGUGUCUGUCCAAGCCAUUAUAAUGUACUUUAUCCUGGAUGUGACUAACUUCCUGCAAUGUAAGGAUGAUCUCCUGCAGUCAUUCUGCCAUGUUUUCAGUAUCCCAUCUGCAUUUUCCCAACAGAUUGUUGGAUUUUGGCUUCUAGAUCACGGAUUAGUAACAGAUUCAAUGGAUGUCUUACUGAGCCCAAGAGCUUGUCCCCCAACACUGUCAUGGCACCACUGUGCUGUUCUAAGGACCUUAUUGAGGACAGGAGAGAAUCAAGCAGCACUGAAGUAUCUAUACAGAAUCACACCAGCCAUGGAGAACAUUCAUGAUAUCAAACUCUGUGUGGAUGUAUUAAUACAGAACAAAUGUAUCUCUGCAGCCUGGGCUCUGCUCAGAGGACUUCAAACUGAAGAUGUUCAUUUGUUUAAACACUUCAUUCAUGUCUGUGAGAGGUGUGGGAUUUCUAGUAAUUUGUUGGCCACUCUAUGCGAGGGUAUGGCUCAUCUCCAUUUGACGGAAAGCCGAAAUAUGCAGUCCGAUGAAGCACAAAUACUGAAUCAAGAAACAAUAGGUCAAUCUCCAGUAAGAACUGAACCAGGACAAAGUCCUCGUCCACUGUCUGCAAGGCUGUACCUAAGGGAUGACUCACUGACCCCUGGAGAUUUUGUCAAGAUACUAAGGCAAUCAAUUUCUGAAAUAUACCCUCUACAAAAUGAAAGAAGCACAUCAGUGGACAUUUGCCAUGAGUUCAAGAAAGGAGCAGCUGAGGAAGAGUAUGAGGAAGACCUGCCUCUGCAUACAGAGGAGAUGUACGAUACAUUGCCAGUGUUCUCCUCUCCCUCCACAUCACCUGACAGCAUGGAGUCUGUAGGCUUCUUUACAUCUGCCUGCUCUUCACCAUCAGCUCUCUGCUUUGAAGCCCCAUCUGCACAGGAACCCGUCGUCCUAAAGCAGAACUCUUCCAGCGUGCUUGAAGAUGAGGACAAAACUCCCGCAGACUUGAUCCAUGGUUGUCCUGGUCUAACUAUCACACUAGAAGGCGCCACCGAGGCGCUAUCCAUCAACAGCCUGAGCAGGGAAAGCUUUGUUAUAGAAAGGAUUUUACCUAGUGUCUUACCUGGAGACAUCUCAAACUCAGCAACACAUGCAGAGAGAAGGCUCCUGAGCACACUUAACCUCCACCCUAACUGCUACAGCAAUGAGGACAAUCAGUCAGUGUGCUCAGUUCCUGAGAUCCCAACGGAGAGUCAUAACCUUUUAUCACCCAAUCAUGAGAAGUUCAUUUACCAUAAAACUGUGGAUAAUGCCGUUAGCACCAAGCCCAAGAAUCUGACUGAGACUGAAGAGUGGUCACCAAGAGAGACAAAAACAGUGUUCGAUCAACUACAGGAUUCUGAUUGUGUUGAGGCGUCUGGAACAUCCAGCUUUCUGGAGCUGAAGCCCUUAGGGCGGGCGUUGUCUCUCUCACGGGUGGAGGGAUGCCAUGAAGACUCCUGUUGUGACUCUGAGGAUUCUGUAGACCAGCCAGAAAUCCUCACUUCCUGUGCCUUCACGGAUACCAUGCACAACCUCCUGGCUCAUCUCCAACAGGCUGACCUCUUAGCAGAAGAUCAAGAACCCUACCAGGCCUGUUCCUUAAGUGCCCUUAAAUCCUCCAUCAUGGAUAUGGACCUCAGCCUCAUUCAUCUCACCCAACGAUCCCAUCAGCUCCAGAAACCUAUUGGCUCCCACUCCAGCCUCAUCUGCACCCCGCAGCUCAGUCUUUGUCAGCAGUCCAAACACAGGUCCUCCAGUGAGUCGAGGGUCUCCAUCACAGAAGAAGCAGUGUGUUUCCGGACCACCUCAGACCGGGUGGGUCACAGUAAGCUCGGCAGCUGGUGGAAACAGGCGCUGGAAACUCGACGGGGUUCGACUGGGCUGCUUCCUGCCUUAGCGCAGGUUUCUCCUGUCACACGAGGUAUAACAGCCUCCUCUACAGAAAAUCGGACAUCUCCUGACCUGCGACGUCCCCCACCUCAUGGGCUUGGAAGCUUCUUAGACUUUCCAUCCAAUCCACGAGUGGAAAAGCGAGAGGUCAAACAGGCAGUGAAAGGUGAAUUAACAGGUCGGAGAGGAUCUUUUAAAGUGACUGUUAAUCAGAUGGAUCACGGAUCAACUUCAUAUCAAGGCCGUCGAGGAAAGACAAGCAAACGAAUCAAACAAGCUUAAAAAAAAAUCAGUUUGCAUAUGUAGGAGACAACGAGUGUUGUAACCAAUCAGUGUAACCAAUUAGAAAUUAGUUACCAUGGAACCAUAUUUACUUUGUAUGUAAGUAUUAAGUAUUUGAUUAUCACAAUAAAUUCAUGAAAAAAUGUAAACUGAUGUCAAAAAGAAAUUUUCUUGCAUAACCACAUCAUCUUUAAAAUGUUCAGUUUUGAGAUUCUAGAUUAGUUAGUCCUGGCAACUUAUGUUUUUACAUUAACUCAUCAAAAUAAUUUAAACAAUUUAAAAAAACUUUAAUA